UCCCUCUCUCUCCUCCCCUCAUACAUGUGGCGAUGCGUCUGCUGCCCACAGAGCACCGAAACGCCUCCGGCUCUCUGUCGCCUCAUGUUUCUCUUUCUGUCCUCGGAGUUUGAUCAGAGCAACCCGGGGAGAGCAGACCUUUUAGUUUUAUGUCAAACCGAGCCAGGGAGAACCGCGGCGGCUCCGCAGACUCUGGAAUGCGCCACAGGAGCGACACCUGCGCGCGUCAGUAGGCAACAAAGACCCCACCGCGGCGCGCGUCAGCAUGGACGCCUCACGCGCCGACUGUUUGGCACCUGCCGGGCCGCUUGCGCCCGAUGAAAACGCUUCGUCCCAGCUGCCCGCGAAGAGGCAAGCCGUGAAGAGACACCAUCACAAACACAACCUGAAGCACAGGUACGAGUUCCUGGAGACCCUGGGCAAAGGGACCUACGGGAAGGUGAAGAAAGCCAAGGAGAGGUCUGGGAGACUGGUGGCUGUAAAAUCAAUCAGAAAGGAGAAGAUCAAGGAUGAGCAAGACUUGAUUCAUAUCCGGCGAGAAAUCGAGAUCAUGUCCUCGCUUUGUCAUCCCCAUAUCAUAACUAUUUACGAAGUUUUUGAGAACAAGGACAAAAUUGUGAUAGUGAUGGAGUACGCCAGCCAGGGAGAUCUGUACGACUACAUCUGCGACAAGAAGAACCUCUCUGAGCGAGAAGCCAGGCACUUCUUCAGGCAAAUCGUAUCUGCUGUGCACUACUGCCAUCAGAAUGGAAUAGUACACAGGGACCUGAAACUGGAGAAUAUUUUACUAGAUGGCAACGGCAACGUGAAGAUUGCCGACUUUGGGUUGUCCAACCUCUACCACGGGGAUGAAUUUCUUCAGACCUUUUGUGGCAGCCCUUUGUACGCUUCCCCAGAGAUCGUCAACGGACGGCCGUAUCGCGGGCCCGAGGUGGACACCUGGUCUCUGGGCGUGCUGUUGUACACGUUGGUUCAUGGUACCAUGCCGUUCGAUGGACUCAACCACAAAAUCCUGGUCCAGCAGAUUAGCACAGGAAACUACCGGAAACCAAGCAAACCUUCUGAUGCGUGUGGACUCAUUCGCUGGAUGCUCAUGGUGAAUCCCGAGCGCAGGGCUACAAUCGAGGAGGUCGCGGGACACUGGUGGCUCAACUGGGGCUACCAGCAGCCUCUGCUCUACGAGAGGACAAACAGUUUGACAGAACAAACCACUUCGCUCGUUUCCUCAUCCACGUCAAACCCCACAGGGCUGGCCACUGUCGCUAGCUGGCUGCGCCGUACAUCCAGACCUUUACUGGAGAAUGGCUCCAAGAUGCGCUGCCUGCUCCGCUCGCAGGUCGGCGGAGCCGACGUGGUCCGACAACGCUCCCUGCGAAGGUCUCAAAAGGAGAAUAACGUCUCCCAGACAGCUAACGAAGCAAGCACUGACUCUCGGCCCUGUAAGGGUAUUCUAAAGAGACGGAAUAGCAUAAAACAGAAAGCGAUAAAUGAGAACCCAACCGAGGGUCCGGUGAAUUCACAGAACAUUUCUAAUAUCCCUCCUGCUGCGGUGCUGCCUCGUAAAGGCAUUCUAAAGAAACCCGUGGAGCAAGAGUCGGGGUAUUUCUCUUCUUCGCCCGAACACAGUGACUCUGGCUGGGUGGCGCAAACUAAAGAGUGCCCUUCAGCGCCAACCUACAGGAAGGGCAUCCUCAAGCGAAAUGGAAAGUUCUCUUCAGGUGGGCUCCAAGAGUUUGGCUCUCUGGAUCAGCUGGCAGCUUCUUUACCAAGAGAGGCCAACCGGUCCAGACCAAGCGGGGCCAUCAGCGAGGACAGCAUUCUGUCCUCGGAGUCCUUCGAUCAGCUCGACCUGCCGGACCACGCGAGACCCCCAGCACAAGCGGACAAACCGGCCAAAACUAGCAUGAGAGGCAGCGUCUCUGCAGACAAUCUGUUGGACAUAGCCGAAGACAGGAUUCUGGCUGACGGGGUGCUGAGGCCGUGGGACUGUUACGGGUCUGGAGUGGCCGACAGUGCCUUCUCCAUCAGCGACUGCGAUAAUGUGACGGAAAGUUACAAACGGGCCGUGGCCAUACGGGGAUCUGCAGCAAGCUAAGGAUCGGCCUUUCAAAAAGGGGACAGAUUGAGAUCGUUGAGGACAUGAUGGCCGAGACGGGGGUUCUGGGAAUGCCGGCGCACUCUCCCCAUCAGGAAAACUUGAAGAAUUACACCGUACCAAAAAAGGGCAGACAUGCCCCAAAAGAUCAGAAAAUAUUUUAGAUGAUUAAUGAAAUUGCAUUUAGAAAUUAGACAUUUUUAUUUAAUCAAAACAGAGCUAAGGAUAAAGUUAACCUACCUACAAAGAUUUUGAGGAGAUGAGCGCUAAAGCUGAACAUUUCAGAGCUCUAAUAUUCAAAUAAGAGUGCCUAAUGACUUUGUCUCAAGUUUUAGCCAAAACUAUGUUUUGGUGAAGGUAUUUCAAGAGGUCGAUUGGGAUUUUUUUAUUUUUUUUAAUUGUCUGAUUAUAACAAGUGUUUGAUCAUGGCCUACCUUCUCACAUUUAUGACAGUUUAUUGCUUUUGAUUUACAAAGUCUGUCUUUAAUUGCCGUCAGUGUGCGUCUACACAGUUUUGACCCAUUUAAAGUUCAGCUUUGUGAUCACGACGUAGACGAGUCGGGUUAAAUGUUUAGGGUCACUUGUGUGUUGUAUCAAACUCCAGAUUUCACUUUGUGUGAGCUAAUGUUUUGUUGACCAAAAAAGAAAAAUGUGCUCGUUUGUUGGGGUGUUUUCAAAACCAGGAAGUGCCAAGAUUAUGUUUGCCUGUAAGUGAAACCUAAUCUCAGUGUUUUUGUUUUUUAAUGGGGUUUUUUAAAUAACUUGUUUGGAUAAUGACUUGAAGAGAAAUAAUUACCGGGCUCAACAGGUGUAGCCGGUCAAACCUGCUCUUGCCUCCGGUCUUGCACUAAUGCAAAUGAGCAGAGGGCGUUUUGACCGUGUGAGUGCAUGCGGCAGGUUCUAAGAAAGGGCGAGGCUUGUUUGGUCUUUAUUUGUGGCACGGGAUUGAAUAGAAACGUGCGGGUAUGUUUCUGCAGCGGAGCAUUGACUGCAAGCUAGUCUGCAUUCAGCUGUUUAACUUAUACAAGGGUAAACUUGAAAUGAAUAACCAUAUAUGCAGACGACUUUUUGCUUUUUUUAAUUUAUUUAAACCUAAACAUUUUGGACUCCUUGCAUAUCAGCCUGGCUCUGGACAAUAUUGUGUAUGCUUCUCUUUUUUUUGUUGUUUUUAAAAGAGCAAGAGAGAUCUUAGUAUCUUAUUGUCUGGUUAAAAAAAAAAAAAUAUAUAUAUACAAAGCGCACAUGUUGGCUUAUUCUAUUGGUAUUAAAUUAGACCUGGCCGAGACAUCUCUAAAUUUUAAAGCUGCACGUGUAUACUGCUGUUAGGGUAAAAAAGAAAAACCUUUGUCUUUAAAUGAAUGUGCAGGUUUCGUUUUAGCUCAUCGGCAACAGGCCACCUGCACACGUACUCAAGAGAUCUUGUUUCAACUGGAAAUUAUAGGAAAAACAACUCUACAAAGAUGGUUUCGCUGAAUAGUUUACCAUACGUGAGCAUUUUUUUUUUCCAUUUUGUCUUUUCCCUCUCUUCAGAUAAGGUGAAAGGUUGUAGGCUCUGUUCAUGCCUUUUAUGAUGUCUGUGUUUGCCAAAGUUUUUCUGGCUUAUCAUUGGUUUGUUUGAUCUACAUUCCUGGGAUAAAGAAAUCAAUAAUUAAAAAAAAAUAAUCAAAGAA